AUGGGCAUCAUGGAGACCAUCGCGUCGCGCAUGCGCGGCGCGCGACGCCCCAAGCCCAUCAGCAAGUACGAUCUCGGCUCGGGCGGGGGUGGGGCCGGCGACGCGGGCGACGCGAGACGCGCGGGCAGGUUCGGGUUCUCGCGCCGAUCCGCGACGGACGAGCGCGGCCGCGGAGGGAUGUUCGGCCGCAAGACGGGCGCCGCGCGCGACGCGGGGGACCUCGUCCGGCGAGCGCACGCGGGCGCGGAGACGCGCGAGGAGCUCGAGCGUCUCCCCGACGACGUACUCCGCGCCAUCGUAGACGAGGAGUACGAAGAGGCGCUCAGGCUCGACGCCGAGGCGAACAAGAAGGCGGCGGCGGAGGGUGCGCUGGACCUGGAGGAUAACGCCCGCGACGACGAGCGCGCGCGCAAGACGCUCGCGGAGCUCGACCUCGACGACGAGACCCUCGCGAGGAUCGAGCUCGUCAAGACCAUCCUCAAGGAACGGAAAGAUCGAGCCGAAAAAGCGACGUGGCGCCGAUGCGUCUCCAUGGCUCGAUCGACGCUGGGCGACGAACCGGUCGCGGAUUACGACGAUUUCGCGAGAUUUGUGCACAGGGGACUGGACACCGAGUCGGUGGACGAUCGCGAGCUGCGCAGGCUGUACGCCAACUGCCUCCAGCAUCGGCCGGGAUCGCGCGCCGCCGUCGCCGACGUCCUCACCGCCGAACGAUUAGCGGAGUGCGUGGAGAAGGGCCAAUGGUCGCGACACUGGGCCAGGUACGUGCAGGACGCCAGGCGCAAGGCGCUGGACAGAGGGCCGUGCGGGGCGUCCGCGGCGGUGUUCGGCGCGACGUGCGCCGACCCGAUCGCCGCCAGCCCGUUCCCGCCGCUGACGAAAUCCCUAUCGCUCCCCCGCGGGUACGUUCGGUACUUGUUAGCCUUUACCCUCUUACCGUUGCUGUGGCCCGUCGCGGGGUUUAAGCGUUUGGGCGUCGGUGGCGGCGUCGCGGAGGCGCUCCACGUCUGGCGUUACGUCCUUCCCAAACCCCUGCGACGCGUUAAGGACAGCCGCGGCGACCUCGCGGCGCUGUUCCUGUGCGUGACCCCCGUGUGGACGCUGGCGGCGUUGGUAUCGGCGGUGUAUUUCGCGUAUAGGCCCGAGUUUUUACUCGUGGACGUCGCCAUCCCGUGCGCGGUGACCGGCGCGUUGGUGUCCGCCGCCGCGGCGUGCGCCGCCGCGGCGAGGGACGCGGGCGAUCGCGAGCACCCGGGACGGGGCGACGGCGGGCAGCUGAGGCCCUCGCACGCGUUCCCUGGCGGUCGGACGAAAAUCCCAGACGACGAGUCGAGAAUCGUGCAGUCGCACCCCCGGUUGGACACGGUCGAGGAACGGAGGCUGGCGUCGGAGCGCGAGGCGGCGUCGUCGGGAGUCGGGUCGGGGGCGGUCGGCGGGGCAGUCGGGUCGGGGGCGGUUCGACGCGCGGCGGGCGUUUCUGGUAACGGCUCGACGUAUCACGCGCCGAGGCCGCUGGGACGCGACUCGGCGAAGGAGAGCGCGUCGGAGGGGGGCUCGCCGGAGGCUUCGGGCGCGCCGGCUCCGGUUCGCGUUCGCACCGAAACCGCCCGAAACGGCUCGAACCCGUCGCCGUGGGAGUCCAACGGGUUCGACCGCGGCGACGACGCGAACGACCUCGAGUCGGGACCGCCGAGGAGGCUCCCGCCGUUGGGCGGCGUGGGCUCGGUGGGCGGCGGCCGAGGCCGCCGCGGCCGCGCCGCCGCCACAGCCGUCACAACCGUCACAGCCGACGCCACGCACAGGCACCACGCCCAACCGCACCACUCCAUCGUCCACGUCGAACCCCCGGCCGCGUUUCGCAACGACGAGGCGCGCGACGCCACGCGCGAGGCGUUGGCGCGGGGCGACCGCCGCCGAACCGCGUUCAAGGGUGAGGUUUUUGACGUCAUCAAUCGACCAAUCUCGGAGAAGGACGUCGUCGACGCAAUCUGCCGCCGCGCGGACGAGGAAGCCGCCAAGACGUACCUCAUUGGCUCCAGGGUUCCCUCGCUGGAGUUGAAACUGCUGAUGUUCGCGGUGGCGCUGGCGCUGGCUUCUAUACCGGCGCUGCACCGGGGCGUUCACGGCGUCGAGAUUUUUGGGGGCCGCGAGCGGGUCACCGUCUGCGUCGACCAAGUCAUGCCCGAGUCUGUCAUGAACCUCAUAGGCUUCUCGAAGUGCUCCAAGCUCGUCGCCGAGGAGAUGGCGGCGGAGAAGGCGAGGCAGGACGCGCUGCUCGCCACGGGAAACUACACGUACGCCGCGCCGCCGUCCCCCGCCGUCGGAUCUGGCGCCACCGUCGACGACCUCGUGCUCACCGAGACGGCUUCGAGCGACGCCGGAUCGAGCGCCGGCCGCGUCAUCGUCGGCGGCGCCGUGCUCUGGACGACGAUCGCGACGUAUUUCGCGCUGAACGCGGCGCGGUGGACGUGCGCCAGGUGCUACGAGCACCACCUCCGCGCGCGACUCUUCGCCGCGUGCGUGGACCCGCAGGAAGCCGCGCUGUUCGACGUGCCGUACGUGAACGUUCGACACGCGUGGCUGCCGUGGAUGCGAAUACGGAUACACCUGCAGCGCAUGCGACACCUGGAGCGCACGUUCGCGACGUGCGUGGUGACGCACCUCUUCGUCGUCAUCGCCGGAUUGGUCGUCGCCGCCGGGCUGGCGUGCGCGAGGAUAUACACGUCGCCGUACCAGGACGUCCACUCUGCGCCCGCGGCGUGUUUGGGCGCGGCGCUCGUGUUGAGCCUGCCGCUGUGGCUACUGUGCAACGUCGCCGCCAAGACGUUCGCGCUUCAGGAGGAGGACGAGACACUGGUGCACGAGGAACGGUGGAAGAUGACGCUGGACGGCGUGGGCGACUGGCGGAGGCACGCGGCGAUGGCGGACGUCGCCGACCAGGUUCGCAGGCGCAACGCCAAGGCGUGGCCGACGUUCGGCGGCCGCCGCGCCGGGCCCGGAACAGCCGCCGCUGCCACCGUCCUGUGUCUCUUCCUCCUCGCCGCGUUCCUCGCCGUCGCGGCGCUCGACGCCGGCGGCGGCCCCAAGGAGGGCACUUCGGGGGACCAACUGAGGGACUACGUGGAGGUUAACUUUGCCUACUCGCACAAGUACGCGCAGGCGCUCAUGGACCGGCUUUUGAACCUAGCCGAUAACGUCACCGAGACCCGAACCGGCGUGGCUGACGCCAACCGAGCGAUAUCGCAGCUCGACAACGUAUCGCCGAGAAAGACGCACGAACUCGUCACCGCGAUGUCCACCUGCAUGUCGUGUACAACCCCGGCGGGUGAGUCGAAGCCCCGGCCGUGGUACGCCGAUCGAAACGCGUUAGCGGCGGAGACGGCGGCGCACAGGCUGUACUAUCGCAGGGUUCCCUCGUGGAACUCGCUGUGCACCGACGGCGGCAUGGGCGCCAACUACACCGCGCCGGGUUGGUGCGCGGACCCGGUGGGGGAGGAUCCCCCGCUGGGUAAGGCGCGGUGCACGGCGGUGGAGACGGCGGUGGACGCGCGGUGUAACAACCUGGGCGACUUGCACACUCCGCCGCCGGCGCCGCCGCCGCCGAUGAACGCCACCGGGCGGUGA